AUGAUGAGGCACAUAUAUCAAAAUGCUUCAUAUAUCUUCUUCGCUUGCGUAGGGUCGCAUGAUGAUGACAGCGAGCUUGUGAUCAGGUUUUUCUGUGAAGUCAAGAGCUUUGAGCAAGGAAUGACCGAUAUCGAUCGAGCCUCUGCGCUUACUUUCAUAAAAGAUACAAUUAAAUCUCUAGCAUGGGCCAUAACCACUCAAGACGAGCAAGAGAACGGCUCGAAGAGCAUUUUCACCUUCAUGGAGAGGUCAUACUUCAAGCGACUAUGGAUCCUGCAGGAGGUUUCUACCGCUGGAAUUUCCGAUAUGAACACCGGCUGGCUUUGCUCGUGCAAUCUCUUAAACAUCGUUGCUUUUUUGACAAUGAUCCGACAAGGAAUGACAAGGGCUUCCAUAUUAGACUGGCAGAAAAGCCGUUGCGAUCCUGCUUCAAAUUCUUGCUGUGAUUAUUGUGCUGAUCCUCGUUAUCGGUACUUGGCGUAUCGAGCUAGCAAAUUAGAUCAGCGUUUCCUUUUACACCCUCUAUUAGAGUUGACACGGGACUUGCAAUGCCAAGAUCUUCGGGACAAGAUAAAUGGAGCUCUCUCAAAGGUUGGUUGGCAGGAUGUGUUGCCUAUCGAGCCAGACUACACCUCAGAUAUUUUUGGUGAAGCAGUUCUGGAAAUGACAAGUAUAAUCGAACAAUCAAAAUGCUCGGAAAUACAUUGCUCCGAAGAAAGUUGCUAUCAAGCACUCGCGCACAAAAGUUCAGAGAGCGUUGAUAUACAUUAG